GAUGGUUUGCUCGGCUCUGGCAUUCGUCUCCUGGAUGGCGUUCAGUACUAUGGCUCUGCAGUAUGCCAGCGGCAGUGAGAGACGGGAGGGGACUAAGGCCAAUAGCCCUCUUGAAUUAGUGACCGGCUUCCAGAAGACAGACGGCCUAAAGAAGAAAUUCCAUGUGUUGAAGAACAAGGUGGAUAGUUCACACGAACGUGUGGGCGAUCUGGAACAAACUGAAGGCUGGGAGAAUGAGGAAGGAGACCUGAAGAAGCAUGCUGAAAUCUGGAAUCAUAUGGGCCGCUUUAAGCAUGUGGAUCGUCUGAAACACGAGGAAGUGAGGAAAGAGGUCGCGGUGAAAGUGCAGGAAGUGGUGGAGCAGCAUCUUUCUAGGUGUCACCUGGUCUUGGCCACCACCACCCAACUCAGCCCAACCUUCACCUCGAUUCUCAGGCAACUUGUCGAGGAAGGAGCACGAGGUAGCGUAGUUGUGGUAGUCGCAGAGCUCUUCUCGGGGGAGAAACUUGCACAAGAGAAUCUCCUACAAGGGCUUUGGAGAGGCUCUACGCUCACCUGCCAAGCUUUCAUUUUCUACCUAGAGGACGCAAACACCGAUAUCAUGAUCAGGUUCCUUGAAGAGUCCAGGUUGUGGCAUCGUCCACAGACAGUCGUGGUGUUGGUGGGAGAGGAAGACAGGAUGGAAGCUCUCCUCCACCACUCUAGUCUUCGCAACUCCAUUCACACACUCUACAUCGCCAUCGACUGGAGUAACCGCACCAAGCCACCUGUUAAAAAAUGGCUCAAGGGAGGAGCUGUUAAUGAAGCAGGAGAAACCAACGGAAUGAGGACCUACCCAGCAAGAGAAACCGAAGGAGUGAGAACCUACCCAGCAAAGAAACCGAAGGAGUGAGAACCUACACAGCAGGAGAAACCGUAGGAGUGAGAACCUAUAGACGGUGUCUUUACUGCGACCAAGGGGAGGAGGGCAUCCAGCUCCUGCGUACACACAAGCUCUUUCCAGAGACUCUAAGGAACAUGAUGGGGCACAGAUUUCAGGUAGUGGCAGUUGAUUACUGCCCAGUGAUAUCAUACAGGAAGGUGACGCAGGAUCCUGGUGCUCCUGUGGUACCGCAGGACUCUGUCAAUAUUCGUAUGCUGGAUAUCAUCGCUGCUCGCUUCAACUUCACGUGGGUCUCUAACGUCUUCCAGCAUUUCAUCAUUUUGUGUCUAA